AUGUACGGGAUUCAUCCGAUAAGAGGAUGCUACACCAAUCUGGCCAUUUGUCUUAUUGGAGCUAUCAUCAUAAUACACCCAUCACAUGCCUUCUUUAUUGUACGACAACAACAACAACAACAAAAUCGCCAUCCAGAAGAUCCAACAACAGUAAGACUGACUUCAAGUUUUGUGGGCAUGGGCAGAACCGAUCUAUGUCUACGCCCACAUCUAAACUUGCGCAAUCAGAAUCAUCGGCAAUACCCAUCCCUGACUAGCCUAUUGUUGAGAGCCAGCAGCACCGCCAUAUCUGGCGAUGACGAUAUCCUCAACGACGACGACGACGACAAUGUGAGCCCAGUAGAUGAAGAAUCAGCUGAUGAUAUUAAUAAUGCUGACAAGGAUGAUCAGGAAACCUUAUUAUUGGUACAUCAAUUUGUCGCUCGCGUUCAAGAAUCCAUUCACGAACAAACGUUUUCGUCGUUGGUGCUGAGAGGAGUUCCAAAGCCCAAAAAAGCCAAAUCAAAAACAUCCACCACGACAAUGGAAUCGAGUUCGACGCUUGGUUCCACAGCCAAUUCGCUUCGGGGUGUCAUUCGACAAGUCCAAGGACGACUGAUAAUGAGCAAACAGAAAAACACGGAUGAGGUCUUGCUGCAACUCACUUGGAAAUACCAUGGGGCUACCGACAUUUGCAAAAAUCUAAACCUGGACGAAAUUCCGGAAAUCUUGCCCCAGCUCAUUUUGGAAGCUCCUUCGGUGGUGGUCUCGGAAUGGGGUGCGGAAGCAAUUGCCACCAAUCCAAUCCAAGGAGCCGAAUUGCAUACCUUGACCCACGUGGUUGACCUUCAGCUAGCUGGUGGUGGUGGCAACAAGAAAAAGAAUAAGCCCAAAUUGAUAACUCGGGUAUCCAAAAAGACCAAGGCCAAUAAGCAACAACAACAACAACAAGGACAACAACAAGGACAACAAGUUAUUGUUCCUACCGCUCACGACCGUGAAAAGCAAACCCCGCUUGACAAAAGAGCCGACUUUUUGCAAGCCUUGGGUGUGACGCAUGCCAAUGGCAAACCAAAGCAAGGGAUGAAGUCCAAACUUCGACAGUGUCAAAAGUUUGUGGAAAUUGCGGGCCGACUGAUUGACAAAGUCGUGGAAGAAGGUGCUGAUAGUGAUGAUAGUGAUGAUAGUGAUGAUAGUGAUGAUAGUGAUACCAAACGCAAACAACGACCCAUUUCGGUGGUGGACAUGGGCUGUGGACGAGGGUACUUGACAUUUUCAUUGCAUUCCUAUCUGGUUGCAAACAAGCAAUAUGCUGCGACAAGGUCGAGAGGGAUUGAUGUUCGACCCAAAUUGGUGGAAGAGAUAUCGGGAAUUGCUAGAUCGCUCGGCAAAGACUUUGAUGGAUUGCAAUUCGAAGAAGGUACCAUUGAACAAUUUGUGGCAGAAGUCGAGGAAAAGAAGAUAAACGAAGAUGAACUGAGAGUCUUGAUUGCCCUUCAUGCAUGUGAUACUGCUACGGAUGAUGCCAUUUGGUCAGGAAUCUGUUCGGGAGCCUCGCUAUUGAUUGUUGCACCAUGCUGUCACAAGCAAGUGCGACCGCAACUAAAUUCUCACUAUGUAGCUGAAAGUCAAACGCAUCCACUUGCCGACGUACUAAAGCAUGGAGUCUAUCGCGAACGCAUGUCGGAAACCAUUACGGAUUCCAUUCGGGCACUCCUACUGGAAGCAGCUGGAUACAAGGUUCAAGUCUUUGAAUUCAUCGGAGGAGAACACACAAGUAAAAAUGUCAUGAUUACAGCUGUCAAGACUGGCCGCGUGAGCAAGGAUUGGAGAGAUCACUCCAACAAUAAGGAAAUGAUGGAACCAAUCGUCAAACGAAUCCAAAGUUUGGCCGAGCUUGGUGGAAUCAAACAACAAAAGUUGGCCGACUGGAUGGACAUUGAUCUGGGCCACCUUUCAUCAGCCUCCAAGGCGAAACUUCGAAUGCCGCAUCAAAUGCCACCGGUUCAGAGGAGGUGA